AUGCACGAGACUGCUAGUCCCGUGCAUUUCAAAGCUGAGUUGAAAUGCACGGGACUAGCAGUCCCGUGCAUUUCAUUUGAAAUUGCAUCAGCGAUCUCCUCCGGUGGCAACAAAAAGACCCAUUGCUGGACCUCCCAUGGAAAUCUCAUUCAAUCCCCGACAAAGCCCCCACCCUUGACAGAAAUAGAGGAGUUGAGCCUCCGACAGUCCCUUAACAGGCUCUCAACCCUCUGCAACCGCUGCGUCGAGCUCAACCUCUCGAUCCUAAUCGAAGCAGAGUACUCCACAGUGCAACUCGCGAUCGACUACUUCACGUACUCUGCGGCUCUAGAAUUCAACAAGAAGUCGGGGUCCGGGAGCGCGAUGGUGCUGGGCACGGUGCAGUGUUACGUGAGGGACGCGAAGGAGAGGCUGGCGGGGAUUGUGGGGGCAGCAGAGAGGGAGGGGUUUGUGGUGGGUGUUAAGCUGGUGAGGGGGGUGUAUAUGACGAGGGAGAGGGAGAUGGCGGCCACGUUGGGGGUUGAGUCACCGAUACAUGGGGAGAGACCCAGCAUUUUUGUUGCCACCGGAGGAGAUACCAAUUUCAAUUGA